UGUUUAUCGUGCUCGUGAGAAAGAGGAACGAGUUCCGGUGAAUAUCAAAUUUCUGCGUGUUCUCCUGCUCAUCGAUGAAUUUCGUUGAUAAUUUACACAAAUGGACGAGUAGGAUGGAUCUGGACUUCGGGAACAAACUGCCGCAGGCUCUGUCGACAAACACUAAACUGCCCCAGUCUCUCUCCUCUAGCGCGAAGUUUCUGCCCUCAGGCCCGUUUGAGCGCUGCGGCCGCCCGCUGGGAGUCAAAGUCAAAGAGGAAGACGAGAGUGUGGAGGAUUUCUUUCAUUUCGCUCAGCACCUGCAGCAGCAGACCGGAGAGUGUCUCACGGCUUGUUGCAGCGGAUCGAACCCUAAAAGCCUGUCUCUCUCAGAUCCGGCCCAGACCCACAGUCGUCCCUCGGCGGACCGGCCGUACCACUGCCAGGACUGCGGCAAGUACUUCCGGAUCAACGACAUCAAGCGGCACCAGCGCAUCCACAGCGGAGAGCGGCCCUUCCCCUGCUUCCAGUGCGGCAAGAACUUCCCCACGUCUGGGGACCUGAAGAGACACGAGCGCAUCCACACGGGCGAGCGGCCCUACCACUGCCUGCAGUGCGGCAAGAACUUCUCCGACUCGGGCCACCUCAAGCAGCACGAGAGGAUGCACACGGGCGAGCGGCCCUACCAGUGUCCGCAGUGCUCCAAGUGCUUCUACCGCUCCGGAGACCUCAAGCGGCACCAGCGGAUCCACAGCGGCGAGCGGCCCUACCACUGCAACCAGUGCGACAAGACCUUCUCCGACUCCGGACACCUGCGGGGCCACCAGCGCAUCCACACCGGAGAGCGGCCCCACCGCUGCACGCUCUGCGAGAAGAGCUUCUUCAGAUCGGGCGACCUGAAGCGGCACCACAGAACGCACACGGGCGAGCGGCCCUACCAGUGCUUCCAGUGCGGGAAGAGCUUCUCCGAGUCGGGACACCUGAAGGAGCACCGGAGGAUCCACACCGGAGAGAAGCCCUACCACUGCAACCAGUGCGACAAGAGCUUCUCCCGGCUGGAGCGGCUCAAGGGCCACCAGAGCAUCCACACGGGCGAGAGGCCCUUCCACUGCACGCAGUGCGGCAAGAACUUCUUCCGCUCGGGAGAACUGAAGCGGCACCAGAGGAUCCACAGCGGCGAGCCAGCGUGAGGUUUGGCCUUCGCUCGAGAUGACGUGAUGGCCUUCCUGUAUGAACGCAUGCGAGCGGCAGACGGUUGACCUUACUGAACCUGUAAGACUAUAGAGGACAGCUGAUCACUGACUUUCUCUUUAUCUCCUGUUAGAAUUCAGCAUAUGCUGUGCGUUGGUAUAAAUGUGUGCACCUGUUGUAUGAAGCGCUACCUCUGCACGCUCCAAAGCUCCAGCUGUCGCUCUGAUUUCACCGACUGACUGAUGGUCACGGGCUUCCUUCAUCUCACUCUGUAUGUUCAGAAAUAUAUAGUACAGUGACUCAUUAGAACUAAAUUGUACAGGAGGAUAUUAUUAGUGUGUAUGCUCACAUUCCCUGUAUUUAAGGCAUCCUUCUCAAACUGUCUUUUUUGUUGUUUUUAAAUAUAAACCUGAACUGUUUUACUGUCAACAUGAUUUGACGCCACUGAAGUGUUUCUGAAUCCUCGUUUCGAUGUGAGCGUUUGGUUUGUCUCUCGAUGGUGGCUGUGUUUUACUAGCUGCUGGAAAUCAUGUAUGUGAAACACCAAAUAACACGGUAAUGUUUAACCGUAACACUCACCUGUCAUGAAAAGUUAUAAAGUAUAGAUGUGCUGUAAUUCAGCAGCUGUUUGUGAUCAGUUUUUGAGCACCAGA